AUGGGAAAGAUGAACUACUUCCUUGGAUUGCAAAUCAAGCAACUAAAAGAUAGAAUCUUUAUCAACCGAUCAAAGUAUUGCAAAGAGUUGUUAAAGAGAUUUGAAAUGGAUGGUUGUAAAGCAAUGUCAACACCAAUGGGCUCCGGAACCUAUGUAGAUCAAGAUGAAUCGGGUGUGUUAAUUGAUAUUACGAAGUAUCGAGGUUGUAAAACAGAUAGAAAAAGUACUAGUGGUACAUGUCACAUCCUUGGAAAUGCAUUAGUUUCGUGGGCUUGCAAGAAACAAGCAUGUGUUGCUCUAAGCACUUCCGAAGCAGAAUACAUAGCCGAUGAUUAUGCAGGUUGUAAAACAGAUAGAAAAAGUACUAGUGGUACAUGUCACAUCCUUGGAAAUGCAUUAGUUUCGUGGGCUUGCAAGAAACAAGCAUGUGUUGCUCUAAGCAUUGCCGAAGAAGAAUACAUAGCCGCAGCUUUUUUCACUGAGUAA